GUGAACACAAUGAUGAUGAUUUCGCCACCGAUUACGAGAUUACCUCUAGAACCCAGUUUCCUGAGAGUUGGUUGUGGCAAGUGGAACAUCUGGAUGGAACUCACAAUGACUGGGGGCUCUCAUCCCAGACAGUGCCGAUUUUCCUGCAAGAUUCCAUCACAACCUGGGAAGUGCUGGCCGUGAGCAUUUCGGAGACUAAAGGGGUCUGCGUGGCUGAUCCUUAUGAGAUCGUAGUGAUGAAGGACUUCUUCAUCGACCUGCGGGUGCCUUACUCGGUGGUGAGAAACGAGCAGGUGGAGAUUCGGGCUGUCCUCUACAACUAUUGGGAGCAACCCAUCAAGGUGCGGGUAGACUUGGUCCACAACCCGGCUUUCUGCAGCGCUUCCACCGCCAAGCAAAGAUACAGGCAGACUUUCAACAUUAAAGGCCAGUCCUCCAAGGUGGUGCCAUUUGUGAUCGUCCCUCUCCAGCUAGGACUCCACGACAUUGAGGUCAAAGCAGCUGUCCAGGGCCUGAGUGCAUGGGACGGUGUCAAGAAGAAGCUGAAAGUUGUGCGAGCCUCCCCUUCACUCCCUCUCCUCGUCCUCUCCUCGAGGUGGGUAAUUUUUGAAGGGUUCACCGAGUGUGAUACCCGGGUUCCUUGUGACAAGGAGAUGGCGGGGUGCAACCGAGGCAGCUGA